UGUUUCCAUUAUCACCAGGCUUUGCAGCAACAACAACGGUAUGAAAGAGAAGCUGCUCUUGCUGAGAUUGAACAAAGCCGCAAGACGUUGCUUGAUAAGUUGAAGGACUACAAAGGAGAGCAAUUGGAAGUCAUAAAUGAGGCAUCUGCUUUUGCUGGCGAGACAGUGGAGCGGAACAAUGAUCUCCUGCUUCCACCAUACCCAACCCGCCCUCCGCAAUCCUUGCGUAGAGAUAACGGCUAUUUGCCAUCUUUGCACAAGAUUGUUCGAAAUGGUGUAACCUCCGGUGAUGCCACAAACGGAGAAAAGAAGGAUCCACAUGAGUUGGAGCGAAAUAAGAAUUCGAGAGGAAUGGGGUCCUUUUUGGGUGUGGCAGCAAAGACAGUGCUCACCCUUGUUGGUGUGGUAUCAGUGUUGAGUCUGUCUGGCUUCGGGCCUAAAUUUUCGGGUAGAGAAACCCCUUUGAAGCUUUUGAGCUUCUUUAAUCAACAAGCAUCUGAAGAAAAGAGAUCAAGCAUUAACUGCCCACCUGGGAAAAUCUUGGUGGUGGAAAAUGGCGAGGCUCGAUGUCUUGUGAAAGAGAGAGUUGAAGUUCCGUUUUCCUCGGCAGCUGCAAAACCAGAUGUAAACUAUGGAUGUGGUUAAUUUAUUAGUGUUCGUUUUGCCCUUCUUCUGUAUAUCUUGUUUCUUUGUGUUGAGGUGUAACGAGAAAAUUUCAUCAAGGGUCUAAUUUUAUUUCAAAAAAA